AAAAAACGACGCUCCCCGUCUCCUUCCUUCUGCUACAAAUCAAAUCCCUGCUUCGAUUUCUGUUCUUAGGGCUUCCAUCGGGGAGUUCUCCAAUACCACUGCUGCUCCCUUGCCUUGGAGAAACCGCGCGAUCGCCAUUGUUAUUCUCUGCGGAGGUGUAUUCAACUCUGGAAGAAGACAUGGACGAGGAAAUGGAGGUUGAGACAGUUGUGUUUGAGGCUUAUGAAGUGGACGUUCAGUACGAGUUCGAUGCGGCUAUGUACUUUGAUUUCACUCGGGAGGAGACUUGUGAUGAGGCCCGUGAAGCAGAGCUUUGGUUCCAGUCCGCCGGAAGCUACCCUCCUUCUCCGUUUGUAGCAAAGCUAUUUUUGAGGGAGGACUGUCAUUUCGCUUUUGAAAAUGCAUCUAAAAAAUCUGAAGACCAUGGUAGCACAAUUGAAUCGCUGAAUGGUGCCAGUCAGGAAGCUGGUUCAGUACGCGAGAAUGACAGAGAUUGCCAAGGAGCAAACAGAGGAAUCUUCACCAAUUUACGGGAUGGAGACGUACAAAAAAUUCACAAUCAACAGCUUCAAUUUACAUCAGGAUCUACAUCAUAUAAUCAUCCGUCCUUGAACAAACCCAUGGUGAAAGCCCCAUCUUGUGCCAAGCCUUCUAAACCAAGGGGCACUACGUUGAUGAAACCAACAGCAAGCCACUUAGCGAGACAAAAUUUCCCUAAUCAACUUUCUGAUUUCAAGUUGCAGAAAGCACUUGUUAAAAACAAUGAGACAAGUGCCUAUAGUUCUGGGAUUGAAAGUCAAGCUAUUAAGAAGCAGAAGCUGGAUGGAGGUCACUCACGUAAGGUGAAUGAAAUAAAACAGCAGGCUAGUUUAGUCCACAAGCUUCCCAAAAAGGAUGGAGUUGCUGAUAAAACUACUACAAAUUCCAAGCUGAAGAUUACAAUUCCUAGGCAGCCUGACCUUGAAACAGCACAUAGGGCGCAUAGAAUAAGACUGAAAAGUAGGAUGGAAGAGGAUAAUGAGAUAACAACUACUCGAAGGUUUAGAGCCCGUCCAUUAAACAGAAAAAUUUUAGAGGCUCCAUCACUGCCGCUCCCGACGAAAAGCACUCCCAAAUUGCCAGAGUUUCAAGAAUUUCAUUUGAGGACGUUGUUGAGGGCAAUGCAAAAUACUUCUGCUGUUUCGUCUUCAGCAUUUCAUCAUGAUUAUUCUGACAUUACAGUCACAAAAAACUUGGAGUCUAGAAGAUCAAAUGCCAUCGAUGAUGGAAAGCAUGAUGAGUAUCAUGUAAUGCCAAAUUUCAAGACAUGUCCUCUUAAUAGGAAGAUAUUUUCAAGUAAAGGGGAAAUGGGUGUUUAUAGAAAUAGCAAGCAAGAAACCACAAUACCAAUGGAAUUUAAAUUCCAUAGUGAGAAGCGAAUUCUACAACCACCAACAGAACUUUUCAACAAGCUUUCCCUGACGUCUCAACUCCACUCAGAUGGAUCUUUGUCGAAAGUUCCUUCGCGCCCAUCCAUACCUCUAAAGAGCUCGAAGGAAAAUAAUUUGGUGUUGUUUCAACCAGAACACAAGAUUACCCCAUUGGUGAAAGAAACACCUUUGCUUGCUGGAAAACAGAUUCGUUUGGGGAAUAAUGGAUGCAUCUCUGAUUCCUGCAGCCAGUUGACGGUGAGGAAUUUGGGAAUUCGCUAAGUAUGUAGAAUUCUGAAGGAAUGGUUUCUUUCUGCUGGGGCAUUUGAUUUCGUUUUCGGCCUCCGCAUAGAGAAACCAUUACAUGAUGUUGAUAACAGUACAGGACAGAUUCUCGAGCUAUUUUUUCUUCAUAGAAACCAAUUGAUGAAGCCCAUACAGUACAGGAAAGGUCGUCAAAAAGAUGUUUUCUAGAUUUAUCUUAUCUAACCAACUCUCUAUGUUCUCCCCCCAAAACUUGUAUCCAAAUCCAAAUAAGCAUGCCAAGUCCGCCGGAUAUGUACAGCCCUCAUUGCCCCGUCAACUUCCUUGUAUCCCCGACGUAAAUGUAUCGUUUGCUACUCAAAAGAAUAUACACACACAACUUCAUCUUUACAGUUACAUUCUCAUGUCGAAAAACUUGCCAGACUCUUUUGAAUCAUUAAACUUUUUAUAUUA